AUGCAUCCUCCAGCCAAGCGCCUCUAUCCCAACCCACCUAAAUCCCUAGACCAGAGCUUCCAAAAACGCCUCAAGAAAGUUUCAAUUGAAGGGAAUAUUGCUGCAGGAAAGUCCACAUUUGUACAAAUGCUAGAGAACUUUAAUGAUGAAUGGGAAGUAAUUCCUGAACCAAUAGCUAAGUGGUGCAACAUUCAGACAUCCAAGAAUGAGUAUGAAGAGCUUUCAACGUCUCAAAAGAGUGGAGGAAACCUGCUGCAGAUGUUGUACAACAAGCCCACAAGGUGGGCUUAUGCCUUCCAGACAUAUGCUUGUUUAAGCAGAGUUAAAGCACAGUUAAAACCCAUCUCUGCUAAACUAUAUGAAGCAGAACAUCCUGUGCAGUUUUUUGAGAGAUCAGUCUACAGUGAUAGGUAUAUCUUUGCCUCCAAUUCGUUUGAAUCAGGAGACAUCAAUGAAACAGAGUGGGCAAUUUAUAAGGACUGGCAUGCAUGGCUUCUGAAGAAGUUUGAAUCAACCAUAGAGUUAGAUGGUAUUAUCUACCUCCAGACAACCCCUCAGAAAUGCAUGGAACGGCUACAGCAUAGGGGCAGAGAAGAAGAACAAGGAAUUCAACUGGAAUAUCUGGAGAGCCUUCACUAUAAACAUGAAACCUGGCUUCAAGAAAGAACAAUGAAGGUGGACUUUGACAAUCUUCAAGACAUACCCAUUUUGGUUUUAGAUGUUAAUGAAGAUUUCAAAAAUGAUGAAAUAAAACAACAGUAUUUAUUGGAUAAAGUCAAGGCUUUUUUGACUGCUUAGAAACCAAGAGACUGCUCAACAAGAACAUCUGGAAAACUUCCAUUAUAAACU